AUGCCUAAAGUCCCCAGUUUCUCACUCCAGACUUCAGAGCCUCAUAUCUCCUCAGUCCCUUAUCCCAAGUUGCUCAUCUUUGGCACACUAUUGCCUUAUGUGUUCCCCUACCUGUCCACACUUAACAUCAAGCAGGCGAACUGCCAACAUAUUAUGGUCUUUACUGACUCUAUGGGCUCGGCCCACAGAGCAGUAGACCCCUCCAUACACGCUGGUCAGGCUUUUAGUCUGUCAGUCUGUCACGCUCUCCAGGGGUGGUUCGAGGCGGAUGAUCUCCGCUGCAUCACCUUUGUUUAUGUUCCAUCUGCUUUGCGGUGGGACAUUCAUGGUGAGGCACAUAAGUACAUCACCGAACUCAAAGUCAGGGUUGGACAUCGCAAGACGGACAACUCUAUAGACACGCUUCGCUCUCGAGCUGCGCACUCAGCCCUGGAUUCGUGGAAUUCCACUUUCCAGGAUCCAACUUACCGAGGCUCUGAAUUCUUAGAGCUUCAACAGCCUGACGGGCGGCUGAUCCAACCAUUGUACCUCGAUGGGGGACCUUGGCUUUCAACCUUCAGACACAGUAUCACUGAGUUUGCUCGUGUCUAUCAAUGA